UUCAGGCAAAGAAGCCUCGGAUACUACCGACGAUAUAGUCCGAAUCCCUUAAAUCUUAUCGCAGCUCGUCAAGAACAAUCACCAAUAAAAUAUACUGAUUGCCCUCAACCAGUCGGAGAAACGCGAUCGAAAAUCGAUUAUUCCUGGCCGUUUGCAGUGCAUCGACGGGGCGCGUUGGCGUGGCGGAAAAAAAAACAACGACGGCGAUAACGCGGUAGACGUCGCGUCGCACGCGCGACACCCGGCGGUACAUCGCGGGGGCGACGCAUUAAUCGCUCAGAAAGAAAGAAAAUCAUGCGUCUCCUGGCCGGCGCCGAUACCGUUCCCGCACGCAGCAUCACCGAGGAUGUAUCGCUGGACAGCGAUGUUGGCUCGCGCGGAUCCGAGAAGUGCGGCGGCAGCAGCAGCAGCAGCAGCAACGGCAGCAACAACGGGUGUAACAGCGGAAUCCGCGACGGCGUCGGCUACGCGAGCGGUUACGACCGCGGCCAACGGUACAGCAACGGCAGCAACAGUAGCAAUCACGGCUACGCGAGCGACGAUUUCUGGGAAUGUACGUCUUCUAUCCGGCGGACGAGCUCCUGCGUAUCUAUGAAAAUCCGAUUCGGCGGUCCCUGCCAUUGACUGUCAACGACGACGCAGCGGUAAACGUCGUUUACGAGGAUAUAAAUCAGCAGCGUUAUCAGCAGCAAUCGCAGCAAUCGCAGUCGCAUCAGCAGCAGCGAAUCGUCGUCACGAACGACGUCCGCAAGCGCAAGGAGAAAAAGCGAGAGACUAGUCAGACGGCGGCAAGCCGGAGGCAGCAGCAGAUCGUGCGUAACGGCAACGGCGGCGACGCCGGUAAGAAGGAAGGACGACGAAACGAGGAGCAGCAGGCCAGGACUAUGCAAAAUAAUCGUGCCACCGGCUCCGAAGAAGCCGCCAACCAUCCCCUCAAGGACCUCACACAGCCGAGUCUCAACGAGCCGCUCAAGCAGCACAAUGGCGUCGCGCUCAAGCUCGUCCAGACGGUCUCCGAGUUCGCCCAGGAGUUGGGCGCCGCGAUGGAGAGCCACUCGGCGAACGUGCGACGUCUGGUCGAUGAAUUUCGCAGUCGAUCGGGCGACUCGAGAGUCGAUGUCGGCGGUAUGCGACGUGUUUGGGAAAGUUUGCUGCGGCAGGUCGAGGCGGACGCAGCUUCUCACCUCGAUCUGGCCGCGGUGCUGCAGCAGCAACUGUCGAGGCCCACCUUAGAGGCGAGCUUCCACCGAAAGCUGCAAUCUAGGAAGGUAUUCGCCCAUCGCGACGCUUACGAGCAGGUAGUUAGCAAGACGGAGGAGAAGCUGCAGCGUACCAGAUUGGAUUACAAGCGCGCAUACGCCGCGUUGUUAACCAACGAGGCCGGCGGCGGCGCCGAGCAGGAAUUGAAGCGCGCUUACUUUGAGUCGCACAACGCCUAUAUUCUGCAGCUACGCGCCACCAACGCUAUUACCGAGCGCUAUCAGUCCCAUUGUUUGCCGGGACUGCUCGGCGAGAUUGCGGAGGUCUACGAGGAACUUUGCGGACUGGCCUGCAAGUGCGUCGCCGGGACCUCGGACGCGGCCGGGGAACGGUCCGGCGAACAGGCGAAACGUUAUCAAGCCGUGGCCAAGGAAGCGCAGGCGAUUGUACCGUCGAAUGAUCUACAGACCUUGGCGCGAAACCUAUCUGUGAACGCGACGCCGCGGAAGCCGCCGCGACGUCUGUACGUCGCGCCGGCACCACCCGAGCAGAUACCAAUGGAGAGAAUCAGUCAAAUGCCCACGCUCAGGGACGAACUGGUACCAACGGGCACCAGCACGCUCCCGCUCAUGGAGGAUCUCAAACGCGACUACGACGGUCUCAACCUGGAAAUAGGUCGUCUGCAAGACGCUCUGGACGCUCUCGUGCGAAUGCAACGCAAGAGCGCCGAGAGUAAUCUUUACACGAAAGUAGCCGAGCUGCAGGAAGACAUUUCUCUGAAGCGCCUCGACCUCGGUGUGGCGCAACUGCGUCUAGCCGCGGUGCAAGCACAGAAAGAACUUUUCGGGGGCGGGGAAGCUGGUCAACCGGAUGGAGUGGCCAGUCGGAAGAUGUCGAACGGUUCGACCGGAAGCCCCAAGCUGAAAUGGCUGAAAGCGUUCAAGAGCCUAAAGACCAGUUCGCCCACGACACCGCCGCUGUCUGACAAAUACUGUUUUGCGAAUGCUCGACUAAUAAAGAGGAAAGCAGGCAACCAUGUACCACGCAGUUUCCACCGUCGUCACCAUGUCCAGGUAAGUUUCCGAUUGUUCGUCAACAGUUGCCAUUUGCGAUUCUACUUCUGACAUUUGAAGAAGGAUAUUAUACUUGA